AUUGUCAUCUCUAUAUCUCUAUCUAUCUAAAUUCUCUCGGGCUCUUAUUUUUUUCGGAUUUAAUUGUUUUUUUCUGUAAUUUAUAGUGGGUUCGUACGAGAUUCUCCGGAGAUUGUUAUAAAUUUUUGUGGGAAUUUUAUAAAAUAAAAAGAAUCAUCGAAAAUUGUUAUAAGCUCUUUUCUUGGUAUUUGAAUUGCUUUUUUUAUCAAGAAUAUGUUGAACAUGUCGGAGGCUGAAAAACGAGCAGACGGAGAGAUCUACCGGAAUAUCACCCGGCGAGAUUUGUUGCAGAGUUUCAUGGCCAAGAAACAGAAACUGUCGGUUCCAGAAGGAGAGGUAGAGAUUGAGCUAGACUUAGGGCUUUCUCUCAACGGUAGGUUUGGUGUGGACCCGCUCGCGAACAAGAGGCUGCUCGCGCGGUCACCUUCGGUUCCUGAGUUCUUGGUCAACGAUGAUAGAUCGGAGCUGAGUAGGACGUGCUCAUUACCGGUGGAGACGGAGGAGCUGAGGAAGAGGAAGGAGUUGCAGAGCUUGAGGAGGCUCGAGGCCAAGAGAAAGAGGUCAGAGAAGCAGAGACACGUGAGGGAGAAGCACAAAGCUGACAAGACCGUAGAAGAAGGAUCUUCUGGAAGUGGUUCCUCUGGUUUGUCCGAACUCGACACCGCCCCUCCUCCUCCUCCUGUUCAAGCAACAACAAACAAAUCCAAAGAAACAAGUCCAUCAAGCGCUCAAUCUCUACCGGCGGCUCGAAACAUCAUUGAAGACAUGCCGUGCGUGUCAACAACAGGCGAUGGACCAAACGGGAAAAAAAUCGAUGGGUUUUUGUAUCGGUACAUGAAAGGUCAGGAGGUGAGGAUUGUGUGUGUAUGCCAUGGAAGCUUCCUAUCGCCUGCGGAGUUCGUUAAGCAUGCUGGUGGCCGUGACGUGACACAUCCCUUAAAGCACAUUGUCGUUAAUCCAUCCCCCUUCUUGUGACCAUUAUGGUCUCUUUUGGGACAGUUUCUGUGUAUGUUUACCACAUUGUUGUAACGUUUCGGAACAAAUGUUACAAAUUCUUAUAUCUUGAGGUGUAUAAACAGAAAUUUUAUGUGGUUUUUCAGAUUUUAAACGUAAAAGGAAUGAUCUAUUCA